AAUAGUAUUGAUCGUGCACUAGUCUUCUUUUUCGUUUCUUCCAUUAAAUAUUAUUCACUAAUUCACUUCCUCAGUUGUCAGUCACUUCCUUGUUCUACUUCACAUACACAAAACCAAAACUCAAAUUCCUCACAUGUCUACCACUCAAAAUUGUGCAUUAGUAGUAGGUGUAACAGGCAUGGCGGGCCUCAGCAUAGCCCAAGCCCUACGCAAUCCAACAGCCCAAGGCGGCCCAUGGUUAAUCUACGGUGCAGCCCGUAGGCCCAAGCCCACUUGGUUCCCCUCCUCAGCCGUUGACCAUUACAUAACCUUUGAUGCGGUCAACUUUGACGACACCUACACCACUCUCUCUCCUCUCUCCUCCCAAAUCACCCAUGUUUUUUGGGCCGCUAUAUACGUGGGCCAAACGGAGGAAGACAACAUCAAAAUUAACUCUAUUAUGUUAUCCAAUGUCCUUAAAGUUCUCACGGCCCAUACUCGGCCCAUUAAGCUCCGCCACAUCACCUUACAAACGGGAACUUCACAAUACAUAGGCCCAAUCCACUUUACGAGUCCAUCAGAUGCAGCCCAACAUGAACCUCCGUUUCAUGAGGAUAUGGGCCGGUUACCAUAUCCAAACUUUUACCACGUGCUUGAAGACGUGGUGAAAUCGUACGGUUCAGAUUUAACGUACUCGAUCCAUCGACCGUCGAUCAUCAUAAGCGCAUUGACUAGAAGUGUUUACAACUUCUUACUAACAUUAGCAGUUUAUGCGGAAAUAUGCAAGUAUCAAAAUGCACCAUUUAAGUAUCCUGGAAAUAGGUACACGUGGGAACAUUUUUGUGACAUGAGUGACGCACGUGUAUUAGGGGAGCAACACGUGUGGGGUGCUACUAAUGAGAAGGCUAAGAAUGAAGUGUUUAAUUGUACAAACGGUGACGUUUUUAGUUGGAAGAAGAUGCGGGGUUUUUUGUGUGAGGAAUUUGGGGUUGAAUUUGUACCGUUGGAUGAAGGAGGAGGGUUGUUUGAUCUUGUGGAGGAGAUGAAAGAUAAAGAGAACGUAUGGGAUCGGAUUGUGGAAGAAAAAGGUUUAGUGAAGUUGAAGAUGGAGGAAAUUACUUGCUUUGCUGCAGUUCAGACUGUGUUAAGGUUCAAUUUUCAACUGGUUAGUAGUAUGAAUAAGAGUAAGGAAUUUGGUUUUUUAGGCUAUGUUGAUAGCUUCAAAAGUGUGAGGUUUUGGAUUGGAAAGCUUAGGGACAUGAAAAUAAUACUAUGAUAAAGAAUUGGAAUAAAAAACCUGUUGGGGAAUUCUCAAUGGUUCCAUCUAAGUAUUCACUUUAGUCAAUCGUACACAAUUUUUAAUUGGCUUUCUAAUGGUACGUAUCAUAGUACGGUAGUAGUAUUGAGUUGUUGAGUGUUGUGAAUUGUGAUCAAACCGUCAGUUUAAUAA